AGCUACUCUAUCAGUCUGCGGAGAACUGACCUGUCCCCGCCUGGGGCCCUUUCAGAGGCUGAAGGCUGCGGUUCACUACACGGUUGGCUGCCUGUGUCAGGAGCUGGCAGAAGACAAAGACGUGCAGUUCAGCAAACAAACCGUCGCAGCUAUUUCGGAGAUCACCUUCAGGCAGUGCGAGACCUUUGCAAAAGACCUUGAAAUGUUUGCAAGGCAUGCAAAACGAAGCACAGUCACUACAGAAGAUGUGAAGCUUUUGGCUAGAAGGAGCAAUUCUUUGCUGAAGUAUAUCACCCAGAGGAGUGAAGAGCUUGCAUCAAGUAACAUGGAGCAAAAGGAGAAGAAGAAAAAGAAGUCCAGAGCAGCUAAGGACCGGAGAACUUCUGCGGAACAAGCAGCUGUGAGUGAAAGUGAAGAUUCCAACAUGGCAUGA